UCGGUCGGAGUCGGGAAAAACUUUUAUCAGUAGUAUUGUGAUCCAAAUAAUGCUUUUUAUUGACGCUUUUCUGGAUUUAAACCCUUAAAUAGGCCAUUACAAUAUUGAAUUCACAGUUAUUGCUAGAGAAAGAUGGCUACAAUAUCUCUAACUAUUCAAGAUAUCCUACCAUACGGCAACAAGUCGACUAAUAAGAAACUGAACCUGGAUACCGUGUUACCGUUUGUAAUAUUGCCACUUUUACUUCUAAUAGCUACUCUGUCUCAAACCAUCACUAUCGCGGUGAUGGUAGCUAUCAGCAUGGGCGUUUUGUACGUACUUUCACGGCCACGUCAAAAAAACAGAUCCCCAUUUUUCUUUUCAUGGACGCUGUCAUCAGGCAUAUACUUGUUCCUGGUAUUUGAACUUAGCAUUAUGAAGCUGCUUGAGAUAACACAGCUUGAAAAUUUCAUAUUCCUUGUGCUGUUAACUUGUACAUGCUAUUAUUUUUACAAAAUGAAGGCUGUUGCGGACUUUGAAUUAGCUACUGGUUCAUCGAAAGGUAAAGAAUACAGCCCUGUCCUGACUUCUGAUUCUCACUACUGCCAGGUCUGCCAAAUAGAAGUAAAUGAUAGAUUUUUUCACUCAAUAUGGUGGGACUGCUGUGUAGUUCGUCCAAAUUACAUUUAUUUUGUAAUAGGACAAAUAUUUGCAUUUGCCACAAUUUUAUUUGGCGUAAUCUUGGGACUUACGACAGUAUGCCAACCUUAUGUGCUUUUUGGCUCUGUACUAGUUCCACAAGAUUGUGAUGAUGUGUAUUUUGAGUUCAGCCUAGCACUUGGGUUUGUCGCAUGUAUCUAUGGUCUAGGCUACUUAUUGGUCAUAACUAUUGUCUUAAUCCAUCAACUAAUAGUAUACAUUCCAAAAUAUACAGAACCUCAAUGGAGGAGGCUUGUGAAUGUUCUCAAUGUUUGAAGGAAAGGCACUACCAGGUAUAUUAAGAAUUGAAUACACAAAUGCCUAUUCCACUCUGUACUUAUUAUUGUAUAGUUAAUUUAUAUUAGAUAUAUCUCUAUAAAAUGUUUCGUAUUGUUUUACUUACUUUAUUUGUUGGCUUAUAAACAUUCCAAUCUAUAGAAAUAAUGUCUUAAAAUCUAACAAACUGUUUUAUAAAGGGAUUUUAAACUUGAUCGAGAGAUUCUGCAUUAUUUUAACUUCAUGUUGCAUAGCUUUUAAUUUUUUUGUGGGCAUACAACUACAAUAUCAAAUAAAAAACAAAAUUUUACAAUAGUUAAUAAUUCUAUGUCUGUAAACUUGUAAGAUUUAGCUUGUAAGCUUGGUAAAUAAUAUCCAUACACAUUAAUACUUCUAGUCCUUACUUCUAUACAAAUUAAUUUAAAACAAUAUGUUUUGACAGAUCGUGGUUAAUGCGUCAAAUGAGGGUUUCCGUAAUUACCCUCACUAGUUGGCGCCACUGGCGAUAGGUCAUAGGAUCUUUCUCCUCAGAUGGCGAAAACUGGUGAGCACAAUAAAUUAAGGAAACCGUCAUUGAUCUAUUUGCUUAAUUAUCAUGUGUAUGUAUGGAAUGAGGGCUGUCGUAUUUCCGGUUACCAGUUGGCGCCACAAUAUAGUUCGGUGACUCGCUAGUGGCUAAGACAGUAGCGCCAAUCUGAAGGGCGCAAGUACAGCAUCCCUCACUAGCAUUAAACAAAAUCCGGUUAAAAUAAUGUUUUAUGUGACAGAGGAAAUUGCAUGAUUCUUUUUUUACACAGAGUAAAAAGCAUAUCGCGUUAUUUUUUUAAAGUUUAUUAUUGUUAUUUACGACAAUCUACGUAUCCGCGAAUAUAAUUAUUUCUGUCGGAAAUAAGAUGAUUUUUUAUUUUGUAACAUAUUACUUUACGUUAAGUUACAUAGUACACAUGUUUAACGUUGUCACCCUUUUAUUUACAAACGAAGUUACUUAUUUAUAUGUAUAAAAAGAAAUAUUAUAAUAUUAUGUAGAAUUAUCACUACCUUUAUUUUAUUCCUAUAUGUAUAACCAAUUACAACAAUUCGCCUAAUCUAAUAUUUAUAAUAUUGUAUUUACUAUUUCAAACUUUGUAAUAAAUAUUGAAUAAAUGAUAUCUCACAGAAAAUGUGUCAUAAA